UGCUGUUUUUUUUGACGUUUGUGACCUUGUGUCAUUAUUUUAUUCAUAAUUUAAUCAUAAAGUAGUGUUUUUGUAGGUAUACGAGUUUUAAAUGAGAUAUAUAUAAAAGAAGUGUGAAUAUAUUGUGAUAAGAGUUAAUUAUCGUAACAUACAAAUUUAGUAUAACCUAAUGGCAUCUUCACAAGACGCCUGGUAUUUGUCUCUCCUAGGAUUAGCUGAAUAUUUUAGGACUUCCAGUCCUCCUAUGAUAAAAUGUUGUGUCCAGUGCUUACAGGCAGUUUUUACAUUUAAACCGCCUCCAAGAGUAGAAGCAAGAACUCAUUUGCAACUGGGAAAUAUCUUAUUAACUCACACGAAAAAUACUGAUUUAGCUAAGAACCAUUUAGAACAAGCAUGGUUAUUAUCACAAAUUAUAAAUUCCUUUGAUGAUGUAAAAUUUGAGGCAGCAAGUGUUUUGGCUGAACUUUAUGAACAACAAAAACAGCCAGCACUUUCUAAGCCAAUUUUGAGAAAAGCAAUUGAACUCUCUCAACAUAAUGUAUACUGGCAUUGCCGGUUAAUAUUUCAGUUAGCACAAAUACACGCAGCUGAAAAGGAUUAUCAGCUUGCCAGCAGUUUACUUGGAGUUGGUGUAGAUUAUGCUCAUAUCUCAAAUGCAUAUUAUACCAGGGUUUUGUUUCUUUUAAGUAAGGGAAUGCUUCUUCUAAUUGAUAAAAAAUUACAAGAAGUUCAAACUGUCUUAAACCAAGCAGGACAUUUAGUAGAGACAUGGACUGGAACCAUGUAUCAAAAAGAAUAUUUGAAAGUCUAUUUUUUGGUACUGCAGGUAUGUCACCAUUUAAUGGCCGGACAAGUUAAAAGUGUAAAACCCUGUUUGAAACAGUUACAGCAGUCAAUUCAAACCAUAAUGAGUACAGAUGAUGUUAUUAUGAAUUCCAAUCCAGGAGAUAUGUUCCUUUGGAUGCCAAAAGAACACCUUUAUGUUCUUGUUUAUCUUGUCACAGUAAUGCAUAGCAUGCAGGCUGGGUACAUGGAAAAAGCUCAAAAAUAUACUGACAAGGCUCUCAUGCAAAUUGAAAAAUUAAAAAUUGUGGAUAACAAACCAAUUUUGUCAGUAUUUCAACUUAUGCUUUUGGAACACAUAAUAAUGUGCAGAUUAGUAAUGGGCAAUAAAACCCAAGCUCUACAGGAAAUAACAGCAGCAACUGCCCUUUGCAAGUCUAAUCCUCAAUUACUUGAUAGACAUGGACCUCAAUUGCAUACUCUUUUAGGACUUUAUGCCAUGAGCAUGAAUUGUAUGGAAGCUGCAGAAGCUCAGUUUAAUGCUGCUUUAAGUACUUCCCAAGAAAAAGAAUUAUGGACAUUUUCGAAUUUGAAUUUGGCUAUUGUUUAUUUGAGAGGUAAAAGAGAGGCAGAUUUUACCGCCCUUUUGGACCGAAUCAAUCCAGAAAAUUUGCCUUCUUUUUCUCACAGCCUUAGAGCAGCUGCUUAUUAUGUGCAAGGACUACAAGCCUUCUUUCAAGGGCGGUACAAUGAGGCGAAGAGAUAUUUAAGAGAAACGUUAAAAAUGGCAAACGCAGAAGAUUUAAACCGUUUAACAUCGUGCUCUCUGGUUCUUCUUGGACAUAUCUUUCUUUCGUUGGGAAACAGCAGGGAAAGCAUGAAUAUGGUUACACCUGCGAUGCAGUUAGCAAGCAAAAUUCCUGACGUGCAUGUACAGUUAUGGGCCUCUGCUAUUUUAAAAGAUCUCUACAGACUUUGCGGAGAUCCAACUCGAGAAAAUGAAGCAUUUCAAAGACAUCUUAACUUUUCUAAUAUGCUACUUAAAGACCAUUUUCAAGCCUCGCAAAUGCCCGAACAUAAUCUCCUUAUUCACUGGAUACAAGGACCCGUUCCGUUACAAAAUAGCGUUUCCCCAAAUAAUUCGACAAUAUUGGUUUAAUUUAAAAUUGUGUGCAGAAAGAGAAAAAAUUUGAUACUUUGUUUUGAUUUAUUCCAAAUCUUCAAUAAUGUUUGAAUAAACAAAAAACGGUCAAACUUUCAGCAACAAACUAAAUUGUAGAUGGUAUUAUUAAAAAUAUAAUUGCAAUCACACACUUUUAUAUUUUUAAUAUCAAUUAUAUUUCUUUAAUAACCAGAUAGUAAUGGAUCUGCAUUGAAAAAUUUAAUUCAAAGUGAAAUAUUAUGCAAUGUUAUAUUUGAUUAUAUUCGCUUUUAAGACUGGUUGAAUAUUAUGAUAAAAUAAUCAAGAACUGUUCUUUUUUAAUA